CUCAACCGCGACCUGACCCUAAGCAACGACAACCACAUCCCGUCCGCAAACAUGGCCACCGAACUGACAGUCCAGUCGGAGCGCGCUUAUCAGAAGCAGCCGCACAUUUUCCUGAACCACAAGGUCGGUGGUCCGCGCAAGAGCACCCGGAACCGGAGAUGGUAUAAAGAUGUUGGUCUGGGCUUCCGCACGCCCAAGACUGCCAUUGAGGGCUCCUACAUCGACAAGAAGUGCCCCUUCACCGGCCUCGUGUCCAUCCGUGGCCGUAUCCUCACCGGCACUGUCGUCUCCACCAAGAUGCACCGUACCCUGAUCAUCCGCCGCGAGUACCUCCACUUCGUCCCAAAAUAUGCCCGUUAUGAGAAGCGCCACAAGAACCUCGCCGCACACGUCUCCCCCGCCUUCCGUGUCGAGCCCGGUGACCAGGUCGUCGUCGGCCAGUGCCGCCCCCUCUCCAAGACCGUCCGCUUCAACGUCCUCCGCGUGCUUCCCCGAACCGGCAAGGCUGUGAAGCAGUUCACCAAGUUCUAAGCGUGGAGUUUUGUUUUGGUGAAAUGCUUUUACGCGAGGAGAUGGAGCAGAAGGGGUGGCUGAGAAUCGGGAUCGGAAAGGUCACUCUGCAUAUGGGUUCAGGAAAUCGGAGUCCUACGGGCCGUGUAUGUUUCCGCAGUCUAUGAUCAAAUGAAAGCCCUUGGUCGGCGAAAAGGUGCCGCUGAGGCAGGUCAAAAAGUCAGGUGGGGCACUUUUUGCAGUGACGGGCCGCGUGCAUUGUGCAUUGCGCGUAACGAAUGGACGUUGUCGAAUGUGCAAAUCAUUUGGUCUUGGUGAUGCUGGAGUUAAUGUCUGG